AUGGCAGGCCAUUUUGAGGCCGAGCUUUGUCAAGUACUCAUCGAGGAGCACUUUGGCAAAACAGUGGCUCUUGUUGCGUCCACUCUACUUACGGAGCCUGGACCACUUCCCUCCAUUAUUUAUCGUCUCAAGGGUCAAGUGAAAUUUAACACGGUGAAGGAGAAGUUCUGUCGACUGAGUGAGGCUCAGUUUGUCACAAGAUGUCCGCUGGUGGUUUCGUCGUUGAAAGGGUGCCCACAAUUCGAAAGCGCCUUUGAUCCAUUUAUUAUGCCGGAGGUUAUUCUGCAAGGCAAUUCAGAACCCACAGACGAAUCAAGAAAGCGCAAAGCGCAGCAACCUGAGGGUGAUGAGGGUAUUUAUUGGCGAAUCAACUGGACACGGUUUGAUCGUUACAUUCGUGAUGAAAUGACACUCGAAUUGCUAGUACCAAAG